GCCGCGAUGUUGAUGGCCAAGAAGAACCGGAUUGCCAUCUAUGAACUCCUUUUUAAGGAAGGCGUGAUGGUUGCCAAAAAAGACGUCCACAUGCCCAAACACCCCGAACUGGCAGACAAGAAUGUGCCCAACCUUCACGUCAUGAAGGCCAUGCAGUCUCUCAAGUCUCGAGGUUAUGUGAAGGAGCAGUUUGCUUGGAGACAUUUCUACUGGUACCUCAUGAAUGAGGGCAUCCAGUAUCUCCGAGAUAACCUGCACCUACCUCCAGAGAUCAUGCCCGCCACCCUGCGCCGCAGCCAUCCCGAGACCGGCAGGCCUCGGCUCAAAGGUCCAGAGGGUGAGCGGCCUGCAAGAUUCACAAGAGGGGAGGCUUACAGAGACACCUACAGAAGGAGAGCUGUACCCCCUGGAGCUGACAAGAAAGGAGGCUGGUGCUGGCUCAGCAACCGAAUUCCAGUUUAGAGGGGGUUUCGGUCGUGGAUGUGGUCAGCCACCUCAGUGAAGUUGGAGAUUAUGUUGUGUUGAAUAAACUUUAAAGAAAAACGUGAAAAAAAAUCAUCUCUAAUAUUAUAUAUUGAAUGAAUUAAAAAUGGAAAUAGAGCUUUUCUGCCCGCUCCCCCCUCCCCCCCGAGCGCCGCUCCGGCUGCACCGCGCUCGCUCCGCGAUGUCAGGCUAGCGCCACUGUCCCCAGCCGUCACCAUGAUCAUCUACCGGGACCUCAUCAGCCAUGACGAGCUGUUCUCCGACAUCUACAAGAUCCGGGAGAUCGCGGACGGGCUGUGCCUGGAGGUGGAGGGCAAGAUGGUCAGUAGAACAGAGGGUGCCAUCGAUGAUUCACUCAUUGGUGGAAAUGCUUCCGCUGAAGGUCCGGAGGGCGAAGGUACCAAAAGCACAGUAGUCACCGGUGUUGACAUUGUCAUGAACCAUCACUUACAAGAAACCAGCUUCACAAAAGAGGCCUACAAAAAGUAUAUCAAAGACUACAUGAAAUCACUCAAGGGCAAACUUGAAGAACAGAAACCAGAAAGGGUAAAGCCUUGUAUGACUGGAGCUGCAGAUCAAAUUAAGCACAUCCUUGCUAAUUUCAAUAACUACCAGUUUUUUAUUGGUGAAAACAUGAAUCCAGAUGGCAUGGUUGCUCUCCUGGACUACCGUGAAGAUGGUGUGACUCCAUUCAUGAUUUUCUUUAAGGAUGGCUUAGAGAUGGAAAAAUGUUAACAAAUUGGAUCUAUCGCCUGUCACCAUAAUUGGCUGCUGCUUACCAUCCAUAAAACACCAGGACUUAGGACAAAUGGGACUGAUAUCAUCUUGACCUUUUAUUUUGACCGUGAUUUAUUUGGAGUGGAGGCAUUGUUUUUUUUUUUUUUU